AUGGGGUACUGGAAAUCGAAGGUUGUUCCAACAAUGAAGAAAUUGUUCGACAGGAGUCCAACAACAAAGAAGGCUGUUGUUGUUGAGGAGGCUAGCAAAUCAUUAGCCUUUGAUGAAUCUAAGGAAGCAAUCAACAAGGAGAUUGAGGAGAAAAGGACAGAACUGAGUCCCAAGGUCGUGGAAAUCUAUGAAGCCACAUCUGCUGAACUCAAGGCUUUGGUCAAGGAGCCUACGGAGGAUGGUUUAACGAAACUCGCUGAGGAAGUGCAAAAAUUCCUCGAGGCACUUGUCGAAAUCGGAUUCCCCGGAUCAAAGGCGGUGUGUGAAACUCCAUCUAGUUUGGGACCAGUAACAUUCAUAUUUGAGAAAGUAUGUUUGUUCCUCCCGGCGGAGGAGAAGGCACGAGAGGUGGAAAUUGUGGAGGAAAAAGAAACCAAACCGGAGGAGAAGUCACGAGAGAUUGAAAUAGUCGAAGAGAAGAAAGAAGAGGUUGUUAAACCAGCCGAGGUUCCAGUCCCCGUGGCUGCGGAGGAGAAGAAGCCAGCCGUGGAAGAAGAGAAAAAGGUGGCAGUGGAAGAGAAGAAGCCAGCCGUGGAAGAGAAGAAACCAGCCGUGGAGGAAGUGAAAAAAGAAGUUGUGGCUGUGGCGCCAGUGGAUGCAGCACCAGCGACCAAGGCCCCGGAAACUCCUGUGGUUGAGACUCCAGCCAAGGCUCCGGCAACCCCAGCGGCUGAGCCACAAAAGGCUUGA